GCCGCAACUAACUCCUGAGAGGGAAUUAGGUCAACUGAACGGUGGUGACAGGCUGCGGGGCCGUUUCUUCAGACGAUAAACGGCACUAAAUCCUUUUUUUAUCGUGAAAAACAGAACUUGGUUAUUGUGCUCCGAUGCGUGUUAUCUGGCUGCUGCGAAUGAGCUUUUCCAGCGUGGGCCCGGGCUGAAGUGUCAAGUCGGAUUUUCUGCUAAAAGCGAGAAAGAUAGCAGUGUAAACAAGGAUGAAGAGGAUGAAAGGAGGUGAGGAGGACAGCAGUGGCUCUCCCAGUGAGAGAACACCUGAGGCUUGUAAGAAGGUGCGGAAGCAGGUGGGCGAGGAUUCGGAGACAGCUGAAGCCAGUGAGACGUCAGACUGUAAGUGGGCACAACUGCCUCAGGAGCUCCUGCUCCACAUCUUCCAGUACCUCCCUCUGCUGGAUCGGGCUUAUGCUUCUCAGGUGUGCCGUGGGUGGAACCAGGCUUUCCACAUGCCCGAGCUGUGGAGAUGCUUCGAGUUUGAGCUUAACCAGCCAGCCAGCUCUUACCUGAAAGCCACACAUCCAGACCUCAUCAAACAGAUUAUAAAGAGGCACUCCAACCACCUGCAGUACGUCAGCUUCAAGGUGGACAGCAGUACAGAGUCUGCAGAGGCAGCAUGUGACAUUCUUUCACAGUUGGUGAACUGCUCACUGAAGACGUUGGGGCUCAUCUCUACAGCCAGGCCCAGUUUCAUGGAGGUUCCAAAGUCUCAUUUCAUCUCAGCUCUGACUGUGGUGUUCGUCAACUCCAAAUCGUUGUCCUCGCUCAAGAUCGACGACACACCAGUAGAUGAUCCAUCCCUGAAGGUGCUGGUGGCCAACAACAGCGACACCCUGAAACUGCUGAAGAUGAGCAGCUGUCCUCAUGUCUCCCCAGCAGGGAUCCUGUGUGUGGCAGAUCAGUGUCACGGGCUGAGAGAGCUGGCGCUGAACUACCACCUUCUGAGUGAUGAACUCCUGCUGGCCCUCUCCUCAGAGAAACACGUCCACCUGGAGCACUUGCGUAUUGACGUUGUGAGUGAGAACCCAGGCCAACACUUCCACACCAUCAAGAAGAGCAGCUGGGACGCCAUGGUGCGGCACUCGCCCAAAUUCAACCUGGUGAUGUACUUCUUCCUCUAUGAGGAUGAGUUCGGCCCUUUCUUCAAUGAGGAGAUCCCCGUCACACACCUCUACUUUGGCCGCUCGGUCAGCAAGGAGGUCUUGGGCCGAGUUGGCCUCCACUGCCCCCGUCUGGUGGAGCUGGUAGUGUGCGCCAAUGGCCUGCGUCCUCUGGACGAGGAGCUCAUCCGCAUUGCGAAGCACUGCACCCAGCUGUCAGCCAUCGGCCUGGGUGAGUGCGAGGUUUCCUGCAGCGCGUUUGUGGAAUUUGUGAAGAUGUGUGGCCGCAGGUUGUCUCAGCUGUCCAUCAUGGAGGAGGUGCUGAUUCCAGAUCACAAAUACUCACUGGAUGAGAUCCACUGGGAGGUUUCUAAGCACCUGGGCCGUGUCUGGUUUCCAGACAUGAUGCCAACCUGGUAAAGAACAGCCAGAAAUCACACAGAGUUCAGUGUUUCGAAUUUGAGGCGAAGAACAUUCAUGGCCUCCAUGUGUGCGUUAAAAAAGUCUUUAAAUGCUCAGCAGAAGUUGAAUGUUUGGUAGCAACAUGGAGAGCAUGAACUUAUUGAACUGUGUGGAGUGUGAGGGCAGGGAUGUGAUGUGGCACCUGACUGCUACACAAUGUUAUCAUGUCAUGCAAACACCACAAAACUCUCUGCCUGUUAUCUUCCACGUGGACUGUAAAAACCUGCUUUGCAGAAUCCAGGGACAGACGUCACCAGGCUGGCUUCUUCACACGUUGACCUAUCAACACACAGAUCAUUGCAGGUGGAAAUAUUAGACAAAAGCAAUGUUUUUAUAACUGGCAAAAUGAGUUAUGUGGACAUUGUAGCCUGGUCAUGAUUAUCUAUAUUAUGAGGUGUGUAUGUGUGUGUGCGUGUGUGAGUGUGUGUGUGUUCAAUGUUUUUAACAUUGUGGAGUAAUUGAAAUUAUUAGGUGCACAAUUGCAUGUAUCACUACCACUUGGCCUACUUAAAUCCAGUCUGAGAUAGCAGCUCUGCACUCUGUCACACAGUAUGGCAUCAGAGGUAUUUGUAUACCGUAGUUAUGAGACAGAAGGUUUUUUGUCAGGUGUAGUCAAGGCGGGUAUUCACUAAGUUUGAAGAACAGGGGCUGGGUCCUACACCUCAUUUUGAACUAAUGUAAAACAUAGGAGCAGUUAUGUUGCUGCAAAGAAAACAUGACUGCUAAAAAUGUUGGAAGUUGGUCAGGAGAGAAAGAGAAAUAUGUAUAUAAGUCUAUAUUUGUGACGUGAAGGUAUACAGUGUUGAUAAAUGAUUUUUUUUUUCUUUUUUCUGCAUCACAUAACUUGACUAAAUUAACAAAUUUAGUUUAAAGAUCAUUUCUGUGUACAGGUAUAGAUAUCCUAAGCACCUUACAUGAAUACCAAAUGCUAGUCAGGACAAACAAAGGCUUUGUGUUUUUGGGUGUCUAAACAUCCAAAUGAAAGCAAAGAAACAUCAUAAUAGUCCAAUAUAUCAUAGUUGGACCCAGAUUAUAGUGCUGAUUAUUCCAGCUGUACUGCGGCUCUGUUGAAUCAGAGACUGAGGACAGUUUAUUGAAGAAAAUACCCAGUCCGAUAAAUAAUUGUGUAUAUAAAUAUAGAUAGUGCAGAGAAAUGUCUGAGGUAGAUAUUGGUAAGUCUCCAACCUUCAUGGUCAGAUUGCUUUAUAAUCAUUCAGCAAUAGGCUAGUCUCUGUGGCUGUUAGCUUAUAAUGCGCGCUGGGAAUGCAAAACUAAUCCUUUGUGUGGCUCAGGUGCAUUCAGUGAAUAUUUCCUAUAUAGGUUUCAUUUGUAUCUUCUGCUAUUUGCCUGUUCAAGCUCUAAUUCUUGGUCCUGUCGUGAAUAUCUGCCCUCUUAUUAGCCCACGUUUGCUCUGUAUUGUGUUAACUCAUCGUACACACAGGAGAGGAACAGUGUUCAUCGCGUCACUACAAGCAUCGAUUUUGCAGAUAUCGCUAGCGCUCCUGUCCCGAAACAACAACAACAACAACAACAACAAAAAACCCCACCCAUUCAUUUCAGUUCAGAAGAGAUUUGGCAAGUCAGAUGAGUGAAACAAACAUUUUUUCCUUUAAGAAGGAAGUCAAAUGCAUCUGUAUAUAAAACGCUGUGUGUUUGAUUAUUAUUGUGAAUAGAAAUGUACUUAUUUCUUUAUUUCACCCUCUGUCAGGGUUUGAAGUUUCCUUAACUGACAGCUCGUGUCUUUUAUAAACCAGAUUGCGAGUUAUCCUUUGUUAGAUGGAUCUUUUUCAUACUGUACUCAUUAGAGAACAUAAACUGUGUAAUUUAUUGAUAUGGAUAUUGCUUUUGUAAUUAAUUUGUGUUUUUCGGUAAUACAAAAGAAGCAAGAAUCAUUUAAAAAAAAAAAACAGCAAGCAGACCAGCAGUGAGAUUUUGGUUUUGACACUUCCACCCCACUCUUGAUGGUUUUGUUGCACACAGGCGGGUCCAAAAGUUUUAAAAUUCACUACAACAAACUUUUAAGCAUUUACCAACACACUGGAGCUAUUUUAAGUCAUUUGCAAAAUUACUAAGCAAAACCUGAAGUGAUCACACUCCAGUUUGUCAGUUUAACCCUGCGCACAGUUCUGCACAUGAACGCCACAGUGUUUUUUGUUAAAUUGUGUGAAAGGGUUAAUUUGCCAACAUGACGAUGACACUAAAAAAUACACUGACGUUUUGCUUCACUGGCUUGAAUUUCAGGGAAGAGAAAGGAGUGCUUUCCCCUCCACAGUCACCAGAUGUGAGCCCUGCUGAUCAUCAUUAUGAAAACUCUAAAAAGUUAACAUCAGAUUAACAGGGGUCUCUUACCUGGAGUGACAGAUUGUAAAAAUUGGCAAUAAGGUAACCAAUUAAUAAGCAAGUGUGACCAUUUUGUGUCAGUAUGUUAUUAAAAACGAUGUAGUUAUGUUAGAGAAUAAUUAGUUGUCAUUAGUG